CUAUUCUUCAUCAAAAACCAACGAUCAAGCCUGAGGAUACGCCUGUUUAACUUCUCACUCAAGCUUCUCACUUGCCUUCUUUAUAUUGUCCGCGUUCUGCUGGAUGACCCAGAACGGAUAGGAUGCUGGGAAUGUGAGAAACACAUCUACUCCUCCUUCAAUCAAUCAUCAUCAGAAAUCAACUGGUAAAGGGGGUUGGCAGCUUUUCUGAAGGUUGUUGCGGAGCUUCGGUUUUAACAGGGAGCCUGGUUUAAUUUCUGGGUGAAACCAAGCAGUGAAAAGAACCCCCAGGCUGCUAAAAUACACAUCUAUUAAAAACAAAAAGAACAUCGAAAUAAUGCACAAGCAUGUUUGCUGGUCCACCCUCCCUUUGCCCUAUAGGAUGUUGUUUCUCCUUGAUAUU